AGCACCCCUGCUUCCAGUCUGCUGUCCCUCCCCAUCCCAGUCCAGCACGCUGCUCCCAGUAUAUCCCCCGCCUCCUCCCACUCCCUGACCCCCUAUGUCAGACACUCGGACCAGACAACAAGCAGAAGUCUCUCAUUACAGGGAACAUCGUGCACUGUAUACGGAUUAAUCCCACUCACUGGGCACCGGGAUAUCUGCAUCCUGCAGCAGCAAUGGAGCGACACAAGCACCCGAGCUGGUAACUGGAAGCCCAGCGGACGGGAGAGCCGGGCACACCGUGGUCACCACAGGGACGAUGAGGACAGGACUUGUGCUAUUUCUCUGUGGUCUUGUCCUCGGCAAAGCUGCGGUCAUUCCCAACGACUGUCACACCAUAGACGUAUUAAACGGCAAACUGUUGUACGACAACCGCGUAACAUACAUGUAUGAAUACUUCCCCACAGAUUACAAGCUGCAGGUGAAAUAUGAAGAGGUUCUACGAUGCCAGAACAUCACUGCGCUGAUUAAUAAAGGAAUCACGGUGAAAGAACUGCGCUAUCUCUGGGGCAUCAUCAAUUACAGGGUGUUGUCCAAGAUGCAAGCAGUGCUACCGCUACGGCACCCGUCUCUCUCCUACGUCACUGAGCUCCAAUUGUUGUUCCACGAGCUGCAGAAGGAGCAGGAGGUGGAGAGCGACGUUAUUCUGGAGAUUCUGGAAAGACUGGACAGGACAGAAGUGAAAUCGGUUUCCCCCAAGGCCCUGCUGGAUAACUGCUUCAGGGUUCUCUAUGCUCUGUAUGAGGAUGAAUGUAAACUAUGUAACCCCAGGUCAGAGGAAGAAGCAUUGUGCCCCCCGCCAGCGACUCCGACCCCCUCUGAUUAUCAGAGAACGUACUGUGAGAGUUAGGAGGGGGUUUGUGGUUGUGGAAAUUACGGGGAUUCAUGGGUUGUGCACACACACAGACGGAUUCCGGGAAGGGACGAGUGUACGGCUCCGAGUGCAUAUUAAUGUGUGAGCAAUGUGCACUUAUCUCAAGAGACACACAGAUCAGGGGCCCCGGGCAUGCCACAUAGCACAGGCUGCACCAGGCCAUGCUAACCGCUAUAUAUCCAGUGUGCAAUAAGGACCGGCCCUCCUUCAUUUGGGGGGUUACAGGGGUGGAGACAAUUCCCCCCAGUGUAUAUCCGUGUGCAUAUCAAUGUGUGAGCAAUGUGCGCUUAUCUCAAAGACACACAGAUCAGAGGCCCCAGGCAUACCACAUAGCACAGGCUGCACCAGGCCAUGCUAACCACUAUUUAUCCAGUGUGCAAUAAGGACCGGCCCUCCUUCAUUUGGGGGGUUACAGGGGUGGAAACAAUUCCCCCCAGCGUAUAUCUGUGUGCAUACCAAUGUGUGAGCAAUGUGCGCUUAUCUCAAAGACACACAGAUCAGGGGCCCUGGGCAUGCCACAUAGCACAGGCUGCACCAGGCCAUGCUAACCGCUAUUUAUCCAGUGCGCAAUAAGGACCGUCCCUCCUUCAUUUGGGGGGGUUACAGGGAUGGAGACAAUUCCCCCCAGUGUAUAUCCGUGUGCAUAUCAAUGUGUGAGCAAUGUGCGCUUAUCUCAAAGACACACAGAUCAGAGGCCCCGGGCAUGCCACAUAGCACAGGCUGCACCAGGCCAUGCUAACCACUAUUUAUCCAGUGUGCAAUAAGGACCGGCCCUCCAUUUCCCCCAGUGUAUAUCCGUGUAAUGUGACCACUUCCCCACACCACACACAACACAUAUAUCUGUACCCAGACUCCUGAUAUAUUACGGGUCUCUCUGUAUAGCCCCCAUCCCCCCCAGACUGUCCCUGGAUUAUUAAAUAACCGCAUCACCUAGUGCCUGCCACCAGUAGGGUAAAACAGACUGGGGGGUCAUAAUAUACAGUAAGUGUGUGCGUUAUAUGCAUGUGUAAUACUAACAAUAAUAAGAAGGGAGAAUGUGACUACUAGAGAAAGAUUGUCAGCUCACAGGUCCAGUUCAGUAGACAGGACACUGCAUGGCUGUGUACAUCUGGAUUUCCCGGUUAGCCGUUACCAUCUGCAGGAGACAUGUGAGCUGUAGUUUAUAGUCCCAGUCAGGGUCACGGUGGAACUGAUUGCUCAAUAGCGCUGGUGUCUCUUGUGUAUAACAUCUGCUAGUAAUUAUAUGCCAUAUACCAGAGCCAGAAGGAAGGGCGGGGGAGCUCUGUCCUCUGUGAGAAGUUGCCACAUCAGAUACAGCAUCACUUAACGCGUUUUACAGAUAUUACAUCGUACGGCCUGCUAGAUACAUUUUAGAUUUUAUUCCCCCCCCCCCUUUUCAUAGCACUUCUCUGUUCUGCCGCUAAGGAGAAUAUUCCGGAGACAUUAUUAGGCUUGCCAUAUAUUCCAGUUGGGCCGCUGUAUUAGUGAGUUACAUGUUGCCUGGUCACCUAUGCACUAGACCCAGCAGUCUAGUGCAUAGGUGCCUAGAGGAUGGAUUUAACCGAGAUCUUGUAGCAUUUGGAACCUCUAUAUGUUCCCAGCACCAUUGUUGUUACCUAGAGAGACCGCGCUUAGGCCCUAGCUCCAGACGAUGCAUGCCCAUGAACUCACGCGUUUCUCCAUAUCUUUUAUUUACAUGACAGCAUUUUAUUGGCUCUUUGAGCUUUCUGCAACUGCAUGACCCGACUUGCAUGGCUGACCAGUAAGGACUGUCGUAACCAAGGACCAGCCGUUUGUCCGUCCAUGGAGCCCCGUUCCGGACACAGUGAUGCCGCUGAUAUGCUACGACGCAUGAGAGUCUGCUUUACUGUAAAACGCACAAGUAUGCACUGCGGGAGGAUGUACGGUACACAAUGCCACAAAGAGACUUACCACUUAUAUUGCAAUGAACCGGGUGUUGCAUCAGCCAUCUAACCGCACAGCUUACACUCUAAUAGGUUACCAGAUGAAGGGUACUAGGAUUACACUGUGUGCCAAGAAUAGACUUGUAUUGCCAAUAUGGGUCUGAUAAUAAUAAUAAUAAUAAUAAUAGUAAUGUCUACAGUCAUAAUUAGAGAUAACAUAUUUAGAUUAAAUGCACUUAAACAUUAACGAGUAACAGGAAUCAAACCAUAAAUACACGUGUCCUACACAAUAUAAAGUGCGUAUAUAAAUAUAUGUAUAUAACACGCCCAUAAGACGGGCCACCUCUCUGUCACCACUAAGAAACGUCCCAGGUCACCCAGCAGGAGCACAGGUGUACUCCUCACUCACCAACACAUUUCCCAGAUCACCCAGCAGGGGCACAUGUAUAUCCAUUACUCACUGACACAUUUCCCAGGUCACCCAGCAGGUGUACAGGUGUACUCAUUACUCACUGACACAUUUCCCAGGUCACCCAGCAGGAGCACAGGUGUACUCAUUACUCACUGACACCUUUCCCGGGUCACCCAGUAGGUGCACAGGUGUACUCAUUACUCACUGACACAUUUCCCAGGUCACCCAGCAGGAGCACAGGUGUACUCAUUACUCACUGACACAUUUCCCAGGUCACCCAGCAGGAGCACAGGUGUACUCAUUACUCACUGACACAUUUCUCUGGUCACCCAGCAGGUGCACAGGUGUACUCAUUACUCACUGACACAUUUCCCAGGUCACCCAGCAGGAGCACAGGUGUACGCAUUACUCACUGACACAUUUCCCAGGUCACCCAGCAGGUGCACAGGUGUACUCAUUACUCACUGACACAUUUCCCAGGUCACCCAGCAGGAGCACAGGUGUACGCAUUACUCACUGACACAUUUCCCAGGUCACCCAGCAGGAGCACAGGUGUACUCAUCACUCAUUGACACAUUUCCCAGGUCUCCCUGCAGGAGCACAGGUGUACUCAUCACUCACUGACACAUUUCUCUGGUCACCCAGUGGAGCUAAUUAUUUACCAUGUGAUUCUGUGAGGUGACCUGGAAAACAUGAACUGCUUGGCAUCCUGAGGACUGAGUUUGAGAACUAUUAUGCAAAAUAGGAAAAAAAAAAAAUUUUUUUUUUUGAGCCAACACCUUCUGUGUGAUAAGACUCUGACGGAAGUAAAGGAAUGUCCAGGUUCUGCCCCUGUAAUGGGAAGGCCAGAGCACAAGGAAUGUCCGGGUUCUGUCCCUGUAAUGGGAAGGCCAGAGCACAAGGAAUGUCCGGGUCCUGUCCCUGUAAUGGGAAGGCCAGAGCACAAGGAAUGUCCGGGUCCUGUCCCUGUAAUGGGAAGGCCAGAGCACAAGGAAUGUCCGGGUCCUGUCCCUGUAAUGGGAAGGCCAGAGCACAAGGAAUGUCCGGGUUCUGUCCCUGUAAUGGGAAGGCCAGAGCACUGUAAUGGGAAGGCCAGAACACUGUAAUGGGAAGGCCAGAGCACUGUAAUGGGAAGGCCAGAGCACUGUAAUGGGAAUGCCAGAGCACAAGGAAUGUCCAGGUUUUAUCCCUGUGUCCCAGAGCACAAGUAAUGUCCGGGUUAUGUCCCCGUAAUGGGAAGGCCAGAGCACAAGGAAUGUCCAGGUUUUUUCACUGUGUCCCAGAGCACAAGGAAUGUCCGGGUUCUGUCCCUGUAAUGGGAAGGCCAGAGCACAAGGAAUGUCCAGGUUCUGUCCCUGUAAUGGGAAGGCCAGGGAAGGCCAGAGCACAAGGAAUGUCCAGGUUUUGUCCCUGUAAUGGGAAGGCCAGAGCACAAGGAAUGUCCAGGUUCUGUCCCUGUAAUGGGAAGGCCAGAGCACAAGGAAUGUCCGGGUUCUGUCCCUGUAAUAGGAAGGCCAGAGCACAAGGAAUGUCCGGGUUCUGUCCCUGUGUCCCAGAGCACAGACUCACUUUUUAGAAAUGUUUUUAUCAGCCUUAUCUGAAAUUGAUAAAUGUAUAUUUUUCUGCUGAAUGUUCACCAAAAACACUGUGAUUGUCCCUAAAAUGUAACAAUAUAUAUACUGUAUACAUGAGGAAUACGACUAUACCACUUAUUUUUAUAUUAUUUGUGUAUUCCAGUUUUAUAGCAGAUUAAACAUGUUGCUUCCUA